GGAUGAUGCAGACAAGCGUUGCGCUCCGCAGCCAAUUUUUGCAUCUGCUUUUUGUUACGGCCGACCUGCAGUUUGGCAAUCGGCUGCCUGCUGUGUGAAACCAUAUUCACGCACCUGUGCACGGCACUGGAGGGGCUGAAGGGAAGAUCAUGGACACCAGCGCGAGGGCCUUCGACGGAUGUGGCACUGUAUCUUCGAGCAGCAUGUCGCAGACACAGGGUGCCGCAGUCGACGUCGGCGGGAGCGGGAUGGACACGACCGAGGUCGAGGACGCCGAGGACGCGAGGACGGGAUUGACGAAGGCCGACCCGAGCCUCAUCUGCGGCAGCAACGAGAGCAGCCAGCCCGCAGCGGGGUCCCGCCCGAGGCGCUGGACUUCGCCAGAAGGGCGCAGCUGGAGCCCAGAGCUGCUGCCUCGGGGCCCCAGCGCCGCGUACGAGAGCAGCGUCGUCAUGGCGAUGCUCGAUGCCCACCACGGAAUGCUGUCGCGCGUGCUGGAGGCGCAGGAACGCCACGAGGCCAAUAUGCACGCCCAGACGAGGCUGAUCCUGCGCUCGUUAUCGGGCACCUUGAGGAGCGCCAGCUCGGCGGCCCUGGUGCCGAAGCCGCAGAGGGCGGAGCCCGGCGCCGAGGGCUCCGUCGACGGGGGCCUGGGCAUGGCCUCGCGAGGGGCCGAAGGCUCGGACGGAGACAGCGUGGGAGCGUCUCUACAAGCACCGCCCAUGUACCCCAGCGAGGACUCAAAGCAGUGGCAGGCCUCGUUCACGGACCAGGACGGCAACGCGUGGGUGCCACCGCCGGUGGGUGCGAGGAGGUCCCUGGCCUCGCCGGCGCCGUCGGCUGCGGGCAGCGGCUCUGCGAGCACAGUGGGUAGCAGGACGACACCACCGACGGAGAAGCACGACCUGGACGAGACGCUGCAACGCUUGCGCCAGUCUGGGAAGGUUUUCUUCUGGAACAACGCGAGCUCGGACGAUAGCAAGCUGCGCACCGCAGGAUGUCGCAACGGCAGCGGGGUGGUGUCAAGGAUUGUCCACAAUGUGGUAUUCGAGAUGAUUGUCUCGGUCGUGAUCGUGGCAAACGCUGGGACCAUUGGCUACCAGGCCGACCAUGACAUGUCUCUGAUUGGGCGCUCUGGUGAGGAAGAAUCACCGCACAAUUUCCUCUGGGCCAACAGGGUCUUUGCACUUGUGUUCUUCGCGGAGCUCAUCCUUCGCAUAGUAGCUGAGGGAUUCAGUUUUGCUUGCCCCUCCAGCAAGAAUUUUAGUUGGAACAUGUUCGACUGCUUCAUCGUUGCGUCGUCCCUCGUGGAAGAGCUGGCCCUGGUCAUAUCGUCCACUUGGCGGAGUCAUAUAUCUUCUCUCCGCGUCGUGCGCAUCCUUCGUCUCGUUCGAGCGGUUCGGGUUGUCAGGAUACUCCGCUUCUUCCGCGAGUUGCGCAUCAUGGUAUCGGGGAUCAUGAAUUGUGGAAGGUCAUUGCUCUGGGCAUCGCUCCUGAUCGUCGUCAUGACCUACAUUUUCGCAGUUGUGUUCCUCCAGAUCACCACCACGUGGCUCGAGGACGAGGGUUUCCCAGACUCCUGCGAGGAUAACUUCCUCUCCCCGUGCGUGGUGAAGGCGAAUUUCCGUUCAUUGACAUGGAGUAUGUACACGCUGUUUAAGUCCAUGUCAGGAGGCAGUUCUUGGGGCGAGAUUUCAGACCCGAUGGGGACUAUAUCGCCAUUAGUGCCCUAUUUGUUUUGUGUGUACAUCAUGCUGGCCGUCUUCGUGGUCCUCAAUGUGAUCCAGCUGCCUGCGGCACCCCCCGCCACCGUGCCGACACAGCAGCGCUUCAGGAAGGAGGUUGAGUUUAGGACCCGUUCCAGUUGGGCGCCCUGCCUGGAUUGGCGGGGUCUCAAAC